AAUCAAUGCGACAAAAUGAUUCGAUUGUAGUAGAAGACUAGAAGUGCGCUCCUGUAGCCGCCGACCGAUUUGUGUCGACUACUCUCGCAGUUGUCAUUCGUUUUAUUCGAGUAGUAACUUAAACGCAAACAGUUAGUUGCCACACGCAACUUACUGACAUGACUAAGCAAUGGCUAACGAGAGGGUGGUGGUGGGGUGGUGAAUCUACGCUGCGACGAGCUCAUUGAUUGCCCGAGCGGAAAACAGACGCGUGCGUCAUUUUUUCACCAGCAAUGUAAAGCCGAUUUCUAUAGAAGAAAAACAACUGCGAGAGCGGCACACUUGUGGAUUAUUUUCCCUGUUGGACGACAAAGGGAAUAGAGAAUCAGCACGGGGCUUAUCCUGGCCGGCCAGCAACAGAGAAACGCAGAUGCACAAUGCAGACCUCAUCAUGUUUUUGGGUGUAGUCUGUCGUUUUGGAUAGGAAAACUGGCGGCAGGCGCAUAAAUGACGACCCAUUUCGUCGUUGGAUUCAUAACCCUUCGAAUCGCCUGUCGAAAAUGAAGUCCUUUCCUAUUUUCUUCCUUUUGGCUGUCGCCGCUACUGGGGAGGCCCUUGGCGAAAUUUGCAAUUCCCGGAAGACGCCAACAAAAAUGAUAGCGAGAAGAACCUGGCCCAGUCAAAUUGCCACGACGACGGCCAAAUCGACAACCGUAAACCCAUCGACGACGACAGCACCAACUACAACUACAACUACUGCCACAACUACAACCACCAUGGCAACAACAACAACUCCUUUGCCGAUUCUUUUCAAUUGCUCCGUUUCUGAUCCAGCAGCUUGCGGAACUAUGUGCACCAAUCUGACGUCUGGUGGAGGUGUUGUCCAGUCUCCCGACUUCCCAGGCGACUACGGGAAUGAUUCCAGGGUUUGCAAAAUCGUCAUAACCGCGCCAGCAGGUUGGAUGAUCCAAUUGAACUUUACCACCUUCAAUUUGGAGACUGACGUCGGCUAUGUUGGUAUUACCGGUGAUCUAACGUAUCUAUUCUUUGGGGCAACCGGAAACACAAUUCCUGCAGUGCCCUCAACAACAACUAACAUGAUGUCCAUUGGCUUUCAAUGUUCCGCCAGUAGUAAACCCAGCAACGCCGUAUACAAUUGGCAGGCGACUUUUUCAGUGACGAGCGAAGGAAAUUCUUGUUCUGCCACUGAUUCAGCCUGCGGGAAUAUGUGCACCAACGUGACGUCAGCGGGCACUGGUGUUGUCCAGUCUCCCGACUUCCCGGGCGACUACGGGAGCAAGAGCAAGAUUUGUAAAGUCAUCAUUAUCGUGCCAGCAGGAAAGCGAAUCCAAUUGACAUUCACCACCUUCAAUUUGGAGACUGGCAAAGGUUCCAUUAAAGGUAACGACAGAAUCACGACUUAUUUGGACAGUGUAACCGGAAGUACAAUUCCUGACGUAGUCACCACAACAUCCAACGUGAUGCUUUUGCAGUUUAUUUCCAGUCGCAGUACUAAACCCAAUACCGCCAUUUAUAAUUGGCAGGCGACUUACACUGCUGUGUAACGGUAUAGACGCAACCACAUCUCGGCUCACUAUUACAAGAAAGAAAAACAACAAAAACAAAGAUAAAAUAGCCGAUUAAAAUUUUUUUUUUACUUUUCUUUAACUCGCUGUAUUUUAUCAACACACAGCGCAGUGAUUUCAAAUGAAUUUCAACUAUAUUAUUAUUAUCAACAAUUGGCAAACAAAUAAAUUGAUUUACUCCC